AUGACGUCCAAAUUCUACGCAGUGGUACUCGGUGCAGGCCCUGGUACAGGCCGCGCCUGUGCCAUUAGGUUCUCAAAGGCCUAUCCAGUCGUCCUUCUGGCGCGCUCUUCUCAGAGCUAUCAAGACACCGUCAAGGAGAUCAACGAUGGGGGAGGAAAGGCCAUUGGGAUUGACACGGAUGCGACUAGUGUCGAAUCUCUCAAUGCUGCUUUUGAGACCAUCAAGAAAGAGCUUCCGGACCACAAGCUGGCUGCUGCCAUUUGCAAUGCAGCAGCUGGCUUGAAGCCUCAGCCCUUCAUCGAGAUCAAGCCGGAGCAACUCGAAACUAGCAUAGAUGUCAACAUUCGCGGGUUCUUCAACUUUGCCCAAAAGACCCUUCCGCUCCUCGAAGAAUCGGUCUCGACUUCCAAGUACCCACCCACAUUGAUCGUCACCGGCGCAACUGCCUCAGUGAAGGGAUCAUCAGGGUUCUCGGUCUUUGCGGCGGGCAAGUGGGCCAAGAGGGCGAUGACUCAGUCUAUUGCUCGCGAAUACCAGCCAAAGGGGGUCCACAUCGCCCACGCCGUUAUCGACGGUGUUAUUGAUAUCCCCAGAACGGCGGGAUAUAAGGUCAACGGUGGCGUGGAGGAUGGCAAGAUCCGCGCGGACUCGAUUGCCGAGACAUAUUGGAGCUUGCACACCCAGCAUAGGUCUGGUUUCACAUGGGAAGUCGAUAUUAGACCAUUCGUGGAAAAGUGGUAG